UCACGGUUUGUUCAUCAAUCUUGGUGCUCAGUCCUCUCCCUCAAACUCAUAAAACCUAACCCUAAUCAUUCAUCAUUGUAUCUACACACUCUCCAUUCUCUCCAGCAAUUUCUUUUCCAUGUCUGCUGCCAAUCUCUUUGCUCCGCCCAUGGCUUCCGUCCAUGUCGCCACCGGAUCGCGUCGCUCCUCUGCUAGUUUCUACGACAUCCUCCGCGUCAAGAACAACGCCUCCUCUGUCGAAAUCAAGACUGCCUACCGGAGUUUAGCGAAGAUUUAUCAUCCGGACUCGGCGAGGAAAUCGGACUGCGAUUCCUUUUCUUCUGAUGAUGGAUGCAGUUUCCUUGAGAUUCACAAUGCGUACCAGACGCUUUCGGACCCUGCUACUAGGGCUCAUUACGAUCUUGCUUUGGCUGCUCUCACUAGACGGGCGUUUCUUCGAUCGCGGUCUAGGCCGCAUCGGCGGUGGGAGACGGAUCAGUGUUGGUAGGGGAUUUGGAUUUGGAUUUUUGUAUAGAAAUGUUUGAAUGUUCUUCGUCAUUCGUAUUCGAGGAAAUUUUGCUGUGGCUACUUGUUUUGCUAUGAUCUGAAUCUGUACUGUUUGUGGAAUUGAAUGCCGAAGAACAUUUGGACUUUUUUUUUUUUUUUUUUUUUUUUUUUUUUUUUUUUUUUUUUUUUUUNUAAGACGUAGAUUUGAAGGGAAAAUUAAGAGUAUCUAGAAGUUAAAAUUGGCGUGAUGUAGAAGAUAUGAUUGGAGUGGAAAACACGAAAAUGUUCCUGAAUUUAUGCAUCCACUGGUCAUUCGUUUUCUUCUUCCUAGCUCAACUGCUCCUAUUUCGGAAUAGGUUAAAAACUUGAAAUGUAUUUGUUCUUUAAUUUUCGUUUUUUUGUAGCCCAAAAAUUCAUUUUUAUCCUA